UCCACUAUGUACGCAACCUUCUGCCCGAUUUCAAUGUGCAGAGGAGAAUGAUGAGCGUGUUGUUGGCGCAUUCGGAGGUCAAGACGGAAUUGGUAGAGAAGGUGAUUCUGACUGCCUGGGCGGAGACGGAGGCCGCUAGGAAGAGGGCGUCGGAGAGCGUGGCGACGUAUGCCCUCGUCACUGGCGGUUAUAACCGUGGUGGCGGGGGCGGGAACAUGGGGGAUAGGGGGAAGACGAGAGGACAACGGAGGACGGCAGCGCGGCAACAGCAGCAACAACCGCAGCAGCCACAGCAGCAGCAUCAGCCGUACUUCAAGCAGCAGCAACAGGAGGAAGAUUCGGGGGGCGUGGCGCCUCUUCCGGUGGGAGGGGCAGGGGCCCUUUUCACCAGGGACCGCCGGGCAGCAACCUCCCCGCCUACCGUGUACCUCAGCGGGGCUACGACUUGA